CAGAGGGAUUCAAGUGGUUCAGUUCCGCAGCCACAGAGACAAGUAUAUCAUUACAGCCCGGCUGCUCAGAGAGAAACCACCUAAAUUCACUGCCUGUCCACAGCCACCGCAGCGUGACUUGGCUAUCUGAUCCAGACCCUCUCUGACCUUCCUCUGCACCCUGGACUGCCUGGCCACCAUCCUGUUCUCACCUCCAUCUGCAGUCCCUGCCUGGAACAGCCAGGCUUUUAGCAGCUGGGGUAGGACACAUCCCAACCUUUGGGCAAGAGGGGAGUGAGGGUGGAAAGGUUAGUAAUGGGGGCCAGGCAGUCAAGUGCCUGUUCCAAGGACAAGAGCCUCAGGGGCAUGGCGCUCCUGCGGAAAAGGCAGAAGUUCUCCCCGUGGGAUGAUGCCCUGCUCUCAGGAAAGGACCCCCGGUCCCUGCUGAAGCGGGGCAUGUGCCACAUCAGCUUCAGCCUGGUCACCAAGGGAAUGACAGACAUCCCUGACUUUCUGUGGGGCUUGCCUGAGGUCCAGAAACUCAAUCUGUCUCACAACCAGCUCAGGGUUCUGCCCCCUGAGGUGGGGAGGCUGACCAGGCUGGUGGUCCUGAACUUGUGUGGGAACUGCCUGAAGAGCCUGCCCCAAGAAAUCAGCCUCCUCAAGGGCCUGAAGGUGCUGUUCAUCAACAUGAACUGCCUGACCGAGGUGCCGGCCGAGCUGAGUGCCUGCAGGAACCUGGAAGUCCUGAGUUUGUCCCACAACCGUCUCUCCCAGCUGCCUGCCAGCUUCGCAGACCUCUCCAGGCUGAGGAAGCUGAACCUCAGUAACAACUGUUUUGCUCACAUCCCCAUCUGUGUGUUUGCACUGAAAGAGCUAGAUUUCUUGCAUGUGGGCUCCAAUCGCCUGGAAAACAUCGCUGAGAGCAUCCAGUGCCUGAGCAGCCUGCAGAUCUUCAUCGCCGAGAACAACAACAUCCACUCCUUCCCACGGUCACUCUGCCUCCUCACCAGCCUGGAGCUGCUGAACCUGAACAACAAUGAUAUCCAGACCCUCCCAGAUGAACUCUACCUGCUGUGUAGACUGGCAAAGAUUGCUUGGAAUCCAAUGGACAAAGGGCUCCAUAUUUCCUAUAACCCUUUAUCUAAGCCUCUGCCAGAGCUGGUAGAAGGGGGCCUGGAGAUGCUUGUCAGCUACUUGAAGGACAAAAAACACAACUGACAUGGCCACUGGAUGCAGGGACAGUAGCCAGCUCACUGAGACUCCAUUGACUGGGUACUUCUUUAGUCUAAGCUUUCUCCUCUUACUGUUCGUGUUGGUCAAGGCUCAUGUUAAUAUUUGCUAAGUUGUAGUUGAAUGCCAUUCUAGAGAGGUAUUUGCUUUUAACUUUGUAUGUUCCUAAUAACCCCCAGAAUAUCAUGUUUGUUUCACUUUAAACAUAAAUUGAAACAGGACUUUGGUUUUCUCCAAAGAGAAAUAAUUACUGGUCAGCAGGUCUGAUUCAAUGGAAUUCAAAACUUAAAUAUUUACUAAGCAUGUGCCAAGUGUGGUAUGAGGUGUUGGCAACAUCUGGUUUCAACCUCUGACUUGGCAACUUGUAGCCAGGUAGCAACACCAGGACAUGCUCCUGCAUUAGCCUCGAGUAAGCAUUACUUGGGACCAAAGAGCAUCCUGAAGCCCUGCUUCCCUGGUGAUGACCAAAUCAGCUGGAGCUUUCCCCUCAAGCUCUGGGGGACAGUCACAGGAAAUAUGUCUCUAAAAUGACUGGAGAGUAACAAGCAGGCUGCUCAUGUGUACGUGUGGUGGUGAGGG